AUGACUUGGUGGACCCAGCUCACCCAAUUACAUCCAUAUGUCUCUAGCGCUGCUAAAGCCUCAUCACUUAUCCAUCCUGUGAUUAAGGUAGCUCACAGAAUCAUUGCUUCGCUCGUCGCCCCUAGAGAGGAGCGAAGCACCAUUAGCGCGCUGGAACUUAAAAUCCUUUAUGCAAUGACCCAUCCCGAGAAUAACCUCAUUCCUCAUUAUGGUCGGUUUCUGUGCCACAAGCUCAUCCGCCUUAGCGCAUCCCGAUCGGGAAAGAUUGUUUGCGGGGGUAUUGUCAGCAUGCUCGCCAAGAGCGCCCACAUCCGAGCCCCAGACCCCGAUCCCCACCAGCCACUGUCGGGUGAGCCUUAUCUCACCACUACUGUCCUUGAGUCCAUGCGACUCUUCCGCUCGGCAGGCGAUGGUACACACCAUUGGACCGUGGGUCAAAAUCAUGAUCCCAAGCUCCUCAUCACACCAGAAAAUAAAGGCAUUCUUGAUUUCCGAAAUCCCAUUCAUAUGACUGAUUGGAAAUCAUUCCAUACAUCUUCCCCCACUCUUAUUACACCGAGGUCGAUGAGCAAAGCGAAGAAAACGAGGAAGAUGGUGAUGAUGAUGAAGAAGAGGAGGAGCCUCACCAUGCUUCUCCCACCGGUGGUGGCAGCUCAUCCCAUUUUGCUGCACCCCCGCCUUAUCAUCAACAAUAUAUGGACGAAUUCCAAUCAAUCCAUACCCGCCUCGACACCUAUCAGCAGGAUAUUACCAGCCUGA